AUGGCCGACUCAGAUCCCUUGCUGAGUGAUCUCUGCUCAAUUUGCCAUGUCAAUCCUCCCAAAUACCGCUGUCCACGCUGCUCAACACGCACCUGCUCUCUACCCUGCACACGUCGUCACAAACUCUGGUCCCAAUGCUCCGGGGUGCGCGAUCCAGCUGCAUAUCUCAAACGCAAUGAAUUAAACACCGAAUCUGCGUUUGACCGCGACUUUAAUUUCAUCACCGGCAUCGAGCGCAGCCUCGAGCGCGCGGAGAGAGAAGUUGAUAACCGCGGGAUUGAUCUUACUGGCGGUCCCCAGGCCGAUGACGGUAAUCCCGAAGGCUUCCAGCAUCCGGUUGCUGGCCGUAAGAGGAAGCACCCGAACCAGGGCCUUGCCAAGGGCGAGGCUGCGUUCUUGCGCGGUACCGAGACUGCUGGUGUGAGAGUGCUUCGAGCUCCGAAGGGGAUGUCGAGGAAUACACAGAAUGGAUCGCGUUUACAUCCCAAACUAUUCGUGACUCUGUCAUUGAUUCCUGUUCUGUCGCCGAAGCCUAUAACCGAUGCUGCCCACGCCCGAAGGAUCAAGAGCCAGUCAUCGAGCCAGUUGAGAGAGAGAGAAAAAGAAGAUUUGGACACCCCUAAUACAACUAUCGCUGCACCCGGUGAUCCUGCCACUACAAGGAUUGAAGCAGUAGAUACAAAACCACCAACAUUUCCGAUUAAAGACCCAGCAAAAGAGCCAGCGGAUGUCUCAACUGAGCAGACAGAUAAAGCACCAAAUCAGACCAUCGCCCCUCACCGUGGUCUUUACUUCUACCUUCACCGUCCGCGAACCACAACCAAAAAGCCCGUUUUAAUUCCUCUUUUACAAUCCUCCACGCUCAAUACUGUUCUGCGCAAUCGGACUGUCCUAGAAUUCCCUACGAUUUAUGCACUGCCAGAGUCAACGGGGACACUGUUUGCAGACAAAGAUAACUCCAAAUUUAUACUGGAGGAAGACUAUCUUCGGACUGCUGGGCCAGAUGAGAUAGCGCAGUCUUCUACCACGAGUGACGAUGAAGAGGCGGCUGGAAACGAAGCGCUCCCCGGUUCUUCAGCAAAUCUUCAAGAUAUCGAUGAGAAGCUGGUAUUGGAGGUAUUGAAGCAAGAUCUAUUUGAACCAGUCUCGGAGACUGGGCCAACGGUAUGA